CCAUGUCUUUCGGUUUGUUUUGAUCUCAGUGGAAACUAUUUGGUAUCCACUCUGCUUACUGCUCAAUGCUCAGUCGUGUUGUGAGUGUCAAGCUGGCAUAUAAUCGCGAAGAGCGUUCAUAAAUCAGUGAUAAUAAAAAGUAGAAUAAUAAGUGACGAUGAUUCAAGUGCAGAUCCCAAUACAUUCAUGUUUUCCCAGUGUGUAUAUUGCGGUGAUUACUUUUUGAGAUUGAGAGACUAUCGAAGCCAUUCCUGCUUUGCUGGUGUCGAUCCAGACACCCAAGAGGUUUGGAUAAAUGAUGACGACAAGGCAAUGAUUGGAAUGUAGUAAUAUAUAACAUUUCAAUGCAUUUGAUAUGUUGCUCAUUCAUGUAUGUGAUAUUUCAAUGAACGUCUCUUCUGAUGGAACAAUCAGUAACGCUCGUUUCCUCAGGGCUAAUAAGAGGCAAACAUCACAGGAUCAGGAAGAGACUUGCUCACUGCCUAGACUCAGGGUCCACAAGAAACCAAAAGAGGCAUUCCCCAGACGUCCCCAACCGAUACCCCCCCUUGCCCCCUCAUCAUCUUGUGAGUGCACUCAGCCAGGCCUAUCAGGGCUUGGUAGUGGCACUAAACGUUCUGGAGGAAGUGAUAAAUCCAUGAAAGGGACAAAAAGGAGGAGGUUCAACGCCGAUGAUGUUGCAGUGGCAACUGCAGAAGCCUUACUUGCAACAGCUCCUCUGACGAAUUCCCUGAAUGGAUUCCUCUCAAUGUUGAGAGACUUACUAGAGACAGUCCACCCCGACAUGAGACUGGCUAUUCAGAUAAAAAUUUUGUCCCUGAUCAAGACUAAACUUCCCAAGGACGAUGCAUAAUUCUGGGGGAUCUAAAUCGAUAAUGACGCUGCUACAGGGAAAUAUCGGGGAAGCAAUACUCUAGAAUCGGAGCUCUCCAAGUGUCAUAUCCAGUCAUCUAUUUUUCUGAUAGAUAUGAUCAUUGGCUGGUAUUAAUUAAUGUGUAGCGAUUUCUCUUUCCGAUCAGUCGUUGAUUUUCAUUCCUAUUCUUCCUUUUCUUUCUCCAUCGAUAAUUUAUCAUUUGGAUCUACAUGUUCUGUAUCUAUAUUCAUGUUUUUUCUUCGUUCAAGAUAUACUUCACAGUUGGAGCUUAUUUUCACGUUUUGUUUAAAUUUCUGACAAACUGUUGGUCGGAUUGACAUAGAAAAAUAUCUCGUUUUGGCGUUUUAACAUUAUUCAAUGGCUCCCGGAGUUUCAUCAUCGUGCAACCACUUUUCUGAUUUUUUUCUAAAAUUUUGUAAAUUUUCGAAAAAUUUAGAAAAACGCGGAAAAAUGCUUGCACGAUUAUGAAACUUUGGGAGCCAUCAAAUACUGAUAAAAUGCAAAAACGACAUAUUUUUUCAUGUCAAUCCGAUCAACAGUUUGUCAGAAAUUUUUAAAAACCGUGAAAAUAGGCUCUAACCGUGAAGUACAUCCUUAAGGUUUCUGAUUUCCCGUUCCUUUUGAUGAUUAAAAAUUUAUAAUUUUGACAUAAGUUUUCAUACACUAAUUUAUGAAAUUACUUCUUUUCCUCCAAUCAUUGUUGUUGUUCCGUUUAUGAUUCAUAACGAUUGAAAUUUUUAUUUUGUUUACGCUUUAGUAUUGAUAAUCAUCAUAUGCUGAUUAAGAGUUACUUGACUAUAUUUUGGAUAAUUAUACAUAAAUUUGUGUUGACUUAAUAUCUCGAUGUAUUCGUUGUGUAUUGACGAAAAAAUAUAGCUAAUUACUUCUCAAAA